AUGUCAAGUGGAGUUUAUUGCUGUAAGCCGGAAUACAUAAUUGCUGAAAUCUCCUUCUCUAGGGCUGCCAAUCUUCUUUUAGCAGUUGUUUACAGACCACCAAAUUGUGGCUUUCUGCAGGAGUUUGAGACUGAGUUUCUUGAUCUUCAAGCAACUUACAGACAUUCGGUUAUAUUCGGAGACUUCAACGCUGAUUUGCUUUCAAUCAGUUAUGAUAGUGCCCACUUAACUACAUUUGUCGAGUCGUCUGGCCUUUAUCUUGUGCCUUAUCGGGCCACACAUAAUUUGAUGAACUCUAGCACUUUACUGGAUUUGUGUAUCGUGGAUGACAUGGAUAAGAUCAAUGAUUUUGGACAACAUGAUGUGCCAUUCCUGUCGGCGCAUGAUCUAAUAUAUAUAGAAUACAAGAUUCUGACCGAACGUAUGCAAGAGCGUGAAACUACAUUUAGGGAUUUCAGGAAUUUCGAUGAAACUGCAUUUAUUCGCGAUAUACUCAGGAUUGAUUGGAGUGACUUGGACUCUUCAGUGUCGCUUGAUGACAAAGUUGAUAUUUUAAAUCAAUGUUUACUGCAAUGUGUGAAUAAGCAUGCUCCUCUCCGUCGCGGCAGAUUCAAGAAUCUUCCGGCGCCGUGGUUGAGCCUUGAUAUCAAGAAUGCGAUGAGAAGAAGAGACAAAGCUCGUAGGAAAUGGCGCAGGGAUCAUAAGGUUGAGUCUUAUGAUAUCUUUAAGCGACUUAGAAAUGACGUACAACGUUCAGUACGUACAGCAAAGAAUGAUUACUACCUCUCGAUUUUCUCCAAUAAGAGCUCUGGUGCUACUUGGACUGAACUGCGACGACUUGGCCUGAUUCAAUCUAAAGCGGGAAUGAACAAGCGUCUUUCUAAUACUACAGAUGAAUUAAAUUGUUAUUUUGCGCAUGUGGCUGGAGGCCCUGGUGGUGCUGGUGUCGGCCAGGUGAUGGAGUUUCCGGAUGUGAACAUGAUGAGCGAUGCUUUUGACGAUCGUAGACUACAUUGGAAGUACGUUACUCCCCAAGACAUUUAUCGAGUAUUCUCGAAUAUUAAGUCGAAUGCUACGGGCUCUGAUGGCAUAUCAGUCAAAAUAAUAAAAUUCAUCUUGCCUUACAUUAUGCCUAUCAUCGAGCAUAUCUAUAAUUUUUCACUCUCUCACGGGUACUUUCCGGAGUGUUGGAAGAGGUCUGUGAUAUGUCCUGUUCCUAAGAUCAAGGAUCCAACGAUGCCAAAGCAUUAUCGACCGAUUGCUAUUCUGCCUACUCUCUCGAAGGCCCUAGAGAGAAUUGUCUGUGAUCAAGUCCGGGAUUAUCUUGAGGAGAAUGAUCUAUGGGAUCAAUUUCAGUUUGCAUACAAGAAAGGUCAUUCAACUGAGACCAGUGUUAUUAGAAUACUGGAUGACGUUAGAUGGGCUGCUGAUAAAAGAAUGGUCACAAUUGCAGUAUUAUUUGAUUUCUCUAAGGCAUUUGACCGGGUGCAGCACUGGAUUCUGCUACAAAAGCUAACAAAAUACAACUUCUCUUAUCAUGCGUUGCUCUGGAUUAGAUCGUACUUGGAAGGUCGAUCACAACUUGUCAAGGACCCAUUUAGUCAGGAAUGGUCCUCACCUGUUGACAUCACAGCCGGAGUACCUCAGGGAUCUGUCUUGGGACCAUUGCUUUUCGUACUGUAUCUUGGAGACUUUGCCAAGUUGUUAUCUCACUGUAAGUACAGUUUUUAUGCUGAUGACCUUGUUCUGUACUUGCAUUGUGAACCACGUGAGCUUUCCCAUGGAAUAGCUAAGGUUAACUCCGACAUCACUAAUAGCCUGGACUUUACGCAAUGA